AGAGAGAUGGGAGCAGUGAGCAGUCAGGAAAACGGGGGACCCGGAAGAAUGAGGAUUAUGAGGAAAUGAAUGAAACUUUACGUACCUGUAACACGUGGAGGUGGAAUGAACCGCAUUGUUGUGGCUCAUGGGGGUUUUAUGCCCUAAGAAGAACAGAGGGCGCACACGCUGGAAAAGUCUGCUAAUAUGGGGAGUAUUUGGCGUGACCUUGGGCCUUGUCUCUGGCUACUUUCUCUGGGGAGACCUGAUCACUGAUAACAGUGUGACUGAGGUGUUGGCAGCACAGCGCGACACUGUAGAGCACAGAUUCUUUCAAGUGCCUUGCUCACAGGAUUAUGAGAGCCUCAAGCAUUUUGAAGCUUGCACACCAAGGAAAUGCGGACGAGCCAUGACAGACUCUGUUAUAACACUCCAGGAGGCUCAGAAGAUGCGCAGAUUAGCUGAGGCUGGCCUCUCUCUUGGAGGAUCCGAUGGAGGGGCUUCCAUCCUAGACUUGCACUCAGGGGCCCUAUCAAUGGGAAAGAAAUUUGUAAAUAUGUACCGGUUCUUUGGAGAAAAAAUCAAAGAUGUCAUGUCUGAGGAAGACUUUGAGCUGUAUCGUGAGGUGCGACUGAAGAUCCAGCACGAAAUUGCAAGAACCUUCAAUAUUAGUGUCUCCUCCCUUCACCUCACCAAACCCACAUUCUUCUCACGCAUGAACAGCUCAGAAGCCAAAACCUCUCACGAUGAAUACUGGCACCCCCAUAUUGACAAGGUGACUUACGGUUCAUUUGACUACACAUCCUUGCUCUACCUCUCCGAUUACUCCCAAGAUUUUGGCGGGGGACGCUUUGUGUUCAUCGAUGAAAGUGCAAACAGAACAGUGGAACCUCGAACUGGUCGCGUUUCAUUCUUUACUUCUGGAUCAGAGAAUCUUCACCGGGUGGAAAAAGUGAAUUGGGGGACGCGAUAUGCUAUAACCAUCUCUUUCACCUGCGAUCCUGAACAUGCCAUCGGGGACCCAAGCUGGACAUAACGCCUAUAACGUCACUUCUUUCUCAUUCCUUAAACCCCUGCCAGGGACGUUGAACAUCUUUCCUGCAAGCGGCUGAUCAAUUGCAAUCAACAAUAACUAGUAACCAAUUACUGAUCAGGCUUAUGGUGCUUAACAGGGUUGACCAAGUAGACUCAACCACAUCAUGAGGGGAUGUUCUCCUUCCCUCUUCCUUUUCUAUUUUCUAUAUUUGCAUCAUCUGUAGCAGACAGAAAUUUUGCAAAAAGAUGUCAACUGGCAACAAUUUUUUUUUAACUUUUUUUCCCCAAGAAGCUUAAUAUUUCUUUAUUGAUGAAAUCAGGUUUAAUGAGUUUGCAUGUCUGUGUGGCAUACCUCUUUUCUGUGCCACAAUAAUCCUCUGAUCACAUAACAGAUGGCACAAAAUGAGUUAGGUCAUACAAAAUCAUUCCAGUAAUCUGUUCACUUUGUUUUCUUUUUGAUGAAUGUUUUCCAAGGACUGUGAAAACAAAAAUAAGGGCAUGGCAGCCAUAUGAAAAAUCAGGACAAUGAUUAGGGCAUUAGAAUCCUUAAUAGCUUGUUUUAAUUUAUGCUUAUAACUCAACUACACAAUUACAUUCCAGCUUUCUGAUGGAGAGAAGAGCUUGGCUGUUUGGCAAGCUAGCACAGUAGUUGUGCAAUAGGACCGAAUUUGGGACUACAGAUUUUUAAGGAUGGUAAAGAAUGUGGGUGGAUUUUGAUUGGAAUAAAUUCUUUUCUACCACAAA